CCAAUGUUGUGCGAUUGAGAACCUCUGUCGGAGCUUUCUGCUAACAUAUGGUGUCAGAGUUGGAACUGAGAUUUUGCUUCGCAUGUUUAAGCUGUCUCGCAGACAGUCCUACUCUUCCUUGCUCGAUCUUAAGUGCAAUCUGCAACAAGGGAUGGAGGGAAAUCCUAUUGCUAAAAUCAUCCAACCCAUCGAUAUGAUGAAGUUGAGAAUUCAAUUGGGUCUGGGAUCAGCUGGACAAGUUGCCAGGACCAUGAUCAAGGAGGAGGGUUUUGGUUCAUUGUAUAAGGACCUGAGUAACCAACCUAGGUUAUUGCAAACCCAAAUUUCCGAAAUAAAGAAGAGAUUAAGCUGUUGAACGAACCCUGAUAAGAUCAACAAUGUAGAUCAGUUGGGGCAAAUGGAAGAUUCAAUUCGAGAAUCGCGUAACCAGAUUCAAACACAUAAGUAACCUCUUCUAGAAAAUGAAGGAUUUCUCAUAGAAAAAUUAGGAACAAGUUAUUCUGUUCUCUCUGUCUGUUUCUACCUCUGUCUCAUUCCCUCUCUGGAUAUCAAAGAGUCUUGCAGACACUGUUUUCUUAUACCAAGAAUAUUGUCCUGUGGAUGGUUAAUUUAGUUUAAUUUGGAUCCUUAGCAUAAUGAAGAUAUCAUAUUGUGAGUGGCCCAUUCUUCAUGAUUAAUACAUGUUUAAGAAGCACAAUUUCAAAUUGAAUCAUGUUAUGCAUCCCAUCAGCUCAUAUGCAGUGGGUUUUCUCUUUUCUAUUUCUUUUCGCAUAGAUUAAUGAUUUAA